CCGGCAACGCAGGGCGCAAAGGAGCCGCGGGCUGCGCAGAGAGGCGGGCAGCGGCCCGCGCGCGCUUCUGCCGCCCCCGGAGCUUGCGCGCGGAGAGCUCCAGGCGAGCGCGCGUCGGGCGGCGGCCGCGCUGGGGGGCGUGAGGCGAGCGGCGCGGGGAGCGGCGGAGGCGAAACUUCGGGGGCCAGAUGCCCGAGGGCGCGGCGGCGCUGCCAGGCUGCCGCUGCUGCCCCUGCGGGCCCCGGACGCGUCUCCGCAGGCGGCGCUGCCCGCGGCGCGGCGUGUGCACCGAGCGAGUGAAGGUUUGUGUGCUGGAGAGGCAAAUAUUUGACUUCCUUGGAUAUCAGUGGGCACCUAUCCUGGCAAAUUUUGUACAUAUUAUUAUCGUCAUUCUUGGUUUGUUUGGAACUAUUCAAUAUAGACCUCGUUACAUAACAGGAUAUGCCGUCUGGCUAGUCCUCUGGGUUACGUGGAAUGUGUUUGUUAUCUGCUUCUACUUGGAGGCUGGGGAACUCUCAAAGGAAACAGACCUUAUCCUGACUUUUAAUAUUUCAAUGCACCGAUCUUGGUGGAUGGAGAAUGGACCAGGAUGUACGGUGACGUCAGUGACACCCGCCCCAGACUGGGCUCCAGAAGACCAUCGCUACAUCACGGUCUCAGGGUGUUUGCUGGAGUACCAGUACAUAGAAGUGGCUCAUAGUUCCCUGCAGAUUGUCCUCGCACUGGCAGGUUUCAUCUACGCCUGUUAUGUUGUGAAAUGCAUAACUGAAGAAGAGGACAGCUUUGAUUUCAUAGGUGGCUUUGACUCUUAUGGCUAUCAAGGGCCCCAAAAGACAUCUCAUUUACAACUACAGCCUAUGUACAUGCAAAUUCCCUUGGAUAACAACUGAUAACAAAUUCUAUAUAUCAGCAUCAAGUGAUAUGCUGAAUUGCAAGCGAAGAUCAAAUAGAAAGUCAAAAUAAUACCGAUGACUUCAGUAUGUCAGCCCAAGGACUUUUCAAAGAACUUUUUUCGCAGUGGCCUCCUGCAUUUUAUGAAGAGCAAGAAGCAACUGAGUUUAAAUACAUAUACAUAUUAACAAAAGAAAUACAAAGCCUCUACAUACACUCACACACACACACAGACACACACACACAAACACUCACACAUGAACACACACACACCAAUUCCACUUGACCUCCUCUUUCUAACUGAAACAGACAAAUAUGCAGGACACGCCCAUCUUGGAUUUCCUGAAAGCAGGCUCCUUUCUCCCAGGCCUUUGGAAAGUUCAAAAGGACAUGUGUUGGUGCCCAGUGGUUGCUGGCCGUUGCUAACUCCUCUGCAGCCCAGCUGGUCGGCCUCUGUGAGCUGGGAAGUCAUCCAGGGCACAUUAGUUUGAGAGCUCUGUCUUCUACACUCCAUGCAUCUUGACAUCACCACGGCUAUUUAGGCAAUGUAAUUGCAAAAACAAACAAAACAUGCCAUGAUGACCUUGUACCCGAAGUCCGAAAUGACAGAUUGUUUGCCCUAAAGGCUGUACCGUACAUACUUGCCUUAACCCACCUACGUUGCGUGCCCAAGAAUCUCAGUGCAGACAGCUCCAAGUCACUUCCUUUAGGCUAACACACUGCUAUUAAUUGUGAAUGAGUUCAAGUCUGUGUGUUUCAUGUCAAGGAACAAGACUGACUAGCUCAGCAGCUCCAGUGUGUCUGUAUAAGAAAAGUGCCAGCUGUCAGCAAAGUGCUUUACCAUAGAGCCUCCGUGGUGGCCCAAAAAAGACAAGUAACAAUAACAAUGUUUGUCAUCUUUAUAAUUCUAAAAUAUGGUCUUCUGAUGGGGUUGGGGUGGGACAGAGGAAAACAUUAAUCUACUAAGCUCACUAAUCUACUGGAAGCAGAAAGCAGAAAUGGCUUAACUCGCUGAUUUUAUUUAUUGCACUCUAGGUGCUUUUAUAAGUAUCUACAAUUGUCUUUUACUAACACAGAAACAGCUGUGGAUUUCUAUCAACAGAGGCCAACUGAAUAUGUAUUAGCUAUGUUUACUCUUUUAUAUCUAAUUCAAAUUGAAGACUCUAUGUAGGUGAACUUUUUUUUCUAACUUCAGCAUACAAGAUUAUUUUUGGGUGGGUGGGGGGAGCAAUAGUUACCUUGGUGAAAUAUUUGAGAUCUUUUUGUGGUAUUUGGGGGAUCUGUUGUGUGUUAGAGUGUAUUUCAAUCCUCCUGUAUUAUUGUGGCAGAAAAACUGUGCUGUUAACGUAGUUGGCAACAAGAUGCCUUUGGAAACUUAAUAGUAGGUCAAUGUGUUUAUGGAAUACUCUGAAGUCCUAGGAAAUUUUGUUCUAUAUUUUAAAGCAUUAUUUGGUUUUCAUUAGUGGAAAAUAUAAUUAUCUCAGGCUUAUCAGGAGCUCAAAUGAGUCAUAUUUUUUCUUGGAUACACCUGAGACAUUAAACUCAAUUUUUUAAAACUAACGCACCAUCCUUCGUAUAGUGAAAUUCAGAAGCUACAAAUUGGCAUGGAGCAAGUAUUUUUUCUUUGAUUUCUAUGAAGUUUCAGUUAUUGGAUUAAACUACUUUGGACCUUAGCCUAUUCAGAUCUACAUACACCAGUUCCAUUACUGUGUUUGCAUGGAUGUCUGUAAUAUACACACACAUAUAACUUUGAAAAUGAUACAGGAACAAAGAGUUACCAUUGGAACAUAGCUAUAAAAAAAAGAUUCCAGCACUCAUGUUUGAAUUUUCUCAGUGGCUUGUAUGUUUGUCCAUACAUACAUGUAUAAAAUAAAUAAUCGCAGCCAUGUCAGUGAAACCUCAUAUGAUGCUUUUAUAGUGACAUGCAUGUUUAAUGUAUGAGAAAAAUAUUUACCAAUGUACUGUCCUUGGAUUCCUAAAGUAUAAAUACUACACAUGCCAGAAACUAUUCUAAUGUGACUUUUAAUGUGACUAUUAAAAUGAGGUUUCAGUGUACAUUCAUGCUGCGAUGAGAUUUCACCUUAUAGUACAUGUAUAUGGGUACAGAAAAUAAGCCCUCAUAUUCCUGCUUUAAGUUACAGCCAAGUUUUCACCAAAUCACAACUAACAUCACCACCAAAAUUAAAAAAAAAAAAAAAAAAAAAAAAAAACAACAGUUGUUGACUACUAAAAAGUAAUCAGUGGACAGGUCUUUUAUGGGAGCGGUAAGCACAGUAGUGUGAUUAUAUCUGGGAAAACAUCUAAAGUUGUACAGCUGUAUCCUCCUCAAAAUCCGGUGAAGAAUGCUAUUUUUCUAGGCUGAGCUUUUGUUAUAAACCUAAUAUUCAGAAGGCAAGGGUUAUGAUCCUGAUGUGUCCCUUUUUUUUGCAUUUGUUAAUUCUGAAUGUAUUUUUAACAGAGUGAUUUUUUUGACUUACUAGUGUAAUUUGCAUUUUAAAAAUAAAUGGAAAAAUACUUAA